UAUAAAAUCGAAAUGAGUUUAAAGUGGUCAAUGUCGGGUCAUGUUUCAGGUGCAGUUCCGUGAAAUUUUGGUGAAUUUUCAACUCAGAUACGUCAUCAGUGAUGAUUAGUCUUAUGGCAAACUGUUUUACUUGGGUGAAGAGGAGAAGGGAACCUUCAAAGAAAGUUACCCUUCUUAUGGUGGGUUUAGAUAACGCAGGGAAAACGUCUACUGUAGCUGAUCUGACGGGAGAGUCCACAGAGGGAAUUACCCCAACAGUUGGCUUUUUGAACUCAUCAUUUUCAUUGUAUAGAUUCAGUGUGACAGUAUUUGAUGUAGGAGGUGGUGCUAAGAUUCGUUCAAUUUGGAAAAAUUAUUAUGCUGAGUCAUAUGGAAUAGUAUUUGUGAUAGAUGCCAGUGACACAACUAGGCUAGAGGAAAGCAAGAAAGCUCUUUAUGAAACAGAGAUGCAACCCCGUGUAGCAGGAAAACCUUUACUUGUACUUGGAAAUAAACAGGAUAAGGAGGGAGCUCUGAAUGAAAAUGAACUACACAGGCAGCUUGAGCUAGACACACUUGCUGAAAAAUACAGUUGUCCAUGUAAAGUGUUUUGUUGUUCAGCAGUACUUGGUAGAGGAAAUAAAAUAGAUAGACAAAUUAAAAAAGGCUUCCGAUGGCUCCUUGCUGAAAUAUCCAAUGAUCAUGUCAAUCUGUCGAGAAGAGUGGAGAAAGACAUGGCUGAACAGAAAAAGGCACAGGAUGAAGAAAGAGAGCGCAAAAGAGAAAGAGUUAGAUUAGCAAGGGAGGCAAGGGAGAAAGCUGAAAGAGAAGCUGCAGAAAGAGAGAAACAGCAGGUGGAGGAGUCAGAUGAUGGUGUUGUUGUUAGCAAGGACAAAAAGAAGAAAGACAGAGACACACCAGAACCUCAAACCUCAUCCAAGAAAAAGAAAAAGGGGAAAGAAAAUAAUCAUGAGCCUGAUGCAACAGAGAAAGGGAAGAAAAGUAAGAAGAAAAAGAAAACAAAACAGGAUGAGGACAUGGUGGAUGGACAAGAUACUAGAAAUAUGGAAGACCAAACCCUCAGUAAUCCUAGUCCACUAGAAGAGCACUUAAUUGAAGAUAGGUCCAAAACUUGUGAUGAAACAAUAGAGCAUUUACAACAAGGAGGUUGGGGUGAAAUGAGAGAAAGUUUGCCUGUACAUGAAAAUACUACACCAGAGGAUAGUGAAGUAAAAACAAAAAAGAAGAAAAAGAAAAAGAAAAAAUUAAAUAAAACAGCUCCAAUGGAAGGAGAGGAAACAGAACUUCCACCACUCAAUGCUUGGGGAACUCCACCGAGUACAUUAAAUGGAUUUCCAGGAAGUAGUGGGGUAUCUCCAAGAAGACUAGAGCCAUUGGGGCUACCUCGUACAUCAGGAAACAAAGCCAUACCUUCGUUAUCAAUCCCAGAAGGCGAUGAGGAACCAAACAGUCUUCCUCCUAUUCGAGGAUCAUCGUGGACAAGAAGCAGACCAAACAGUGAAGAUUGUGAUGUGGUCACAUAGAAUAUUACAAUUCUAUUUUUCUCGGUCACAUUUAAAUCAACACUUAUCUUGAUCAUUUACAAUGCGGCUCAGUCAAAUUAAACUUGAAAGCCUUCAGGUUGUUGCUUGAACUUUUCCCCACUGUCGUGGAAAGAUUUUCCUCUCAGGGAGGAUAAUCUUUAUAUUUCUGGGAAAACCUUGUAAUUUGACUCCUGAUGGCAAUUGGGUCAAAAAUGGGUCACAAAGGUCCAAAAUUCUCUGAUUUAGCUGAGCCGCAUCUAAAAACAUGUCACAUAUUUGGUGAAAAUUUUAUUUUUCCUGUAAAUACACAUUUCUUGUCUGUUUUUAUAGAGAAAAACACCGCAUCAUAUUUAAGGAAAUAUUGCAAAGCAAUAUCUAAGCAUUUCCACCUCAAUUAUAUUAAGACUAUAUACAAUUCAUGUAUCCUCAUUGUAUCUCCAUAGCAUUGAGAUAAUUUUGUAAAUACCAAAGA